CGAUGGCUCUUCACACGUGGUCGCGUGCUGAUCAGUGCAUCGAUGCUAUUUACUACAAUGGGGAAGGGAGAUAGCAGAACGUAAAAACGGAUAGAUAACGGUGUUUUCGCCGCGAGGAAGAGACGGUGUCGCGUGCACGCGGAACCUAACACUCAGUUUGUCCUCGACCGGCGUACACGCGACCACCUUCAGAGCUUUCGUCAUUAUUACUCCCAAUUGCCGCUAUUUCGUCGUUUCUUGCUUGUUCUGGUUGCUUCGACAUUGACCAUGAUACUAGACAGAACGCGGUUAACGUACGUGUCCGCGGCAGUUGUCGGCGCCGGCACCAUGGUCGUCUUCUUUUGGUGGUGGUGGACCAAGAGGCAGAAGGAACGGCCACCAUCGGAAUGGCGAAAGGUCGGCGAGUUGAGCGACCUGAUUGUGUACCCGGUUAAGUCGCUUGGCCCUGUUCGAGUCAACUCGCUGGAGUGCACGAAAUUGGGCCUCAAAUCCGGCUGGCUGAGAGACCGAACUUUGAUGGUCAUCGACUUGAACGGACAUUUCGUUACCGGCAGACAAUGGCCAAAAAUGGUCCAGGUGAUGCCUAGCGUCUCUGGAUCGAUCCUCACGCUAUCUGCCCCGGGAAUGAUGUCCAUGUCUAUCGAUUUAUCGCGAAUCAAGGGAAAAGGAUUCCGUGUGGCGGUCUGGGGUCAGCCUGUAUCCGCCAGCGAUUGCGGCGAGGAAGCUGCCAGAUGGUUGUCUCGGUUUAUUCUUCAGGAAGACACUGGAUUCAGAUUGGUUUACUAUCCUUUGCAUUAUCCAACAAGAGAAGUCAGGUCGAAGAACAAAAUUUUCUUGGUGACAGCUGACGAUACUGGCGCAUAUCCAGAUUCUACUAGUUACUGCUUAAUAAACGAAGGUUCGGUAACUGAACUGAAUACUCGUUUAGAAGAUCCGGUCACGCCAGAACAUUUUCGACCAAACUUCGUCGUCAAAGGCUCCACUGCAUACGAGGAGGACAGCUGGGGUUGGGUAAAGAUAGGCAAUGUCACGUUCAAGACUGUAAAGCCGUGUACAAGAUGUAUCUUUACUACUGUCGAUCCAGAGACUGGGAAAAAGAACCCAAAGGCUGAGCCUUUGAAGACCCUAAAAAGUUACAGGCAAAUAACGGAUUCAGUUUUUCGUCCAAUGGCUGGCGAGAGCCCAGUAAUGGGAAUCCAUCUGGGACUGAGAGGUUCCAAUGGUACCGUGCGAUUAGGCGAUCCAGUUUACGUCGGUCUACCGGAGGAACAACCGAUAUUAAUAUCGCCCCCCUAGCUACACCGAUGGGCUUCCUGCGAAGACGAAAUUUUCGUCUUCGAAGAAGCCACCGGGUCUCUGAAGGAAGACAAUUUGUCAACAAAUUCGAGCAACGAGAAUACGUAGCGUCGAGUCUAAAAUUGUAUAUCUCAUCGUCGAACAAGGCCUAGAAACACAAUUUCUUCGGAAUUGUUCUCCAAAUUAAAGGUAGUCGCGUGAUAACGAUGGUUCAAAUCUCUUUGCCAAGUGUGUUUUCCGCUUUAAAACUGAAACGUUUAUUGCCUGAGAUAAUAAUUAGUGAAGAGAGUCACAAAUAUCGUAUUUUUGCUAAAUGUUGGUCGUGGAUCAAUGUUUCUAUGGACGAUAUAUAAUGUAAGUGAUCGUACGAGAAGCGUUCCCUGUUUAUACAUAUUUGUAUCGAGUAUAUUGCCACAAGGAAUAAACGAAUCGCGGGUAAAUGUGCUUUGCAAUUGACAAAAGUCCCGGUAGACAAAAGUUACGAUAAUAAUAUUUAUUUAUUUACACUACAAAAUAAUUAAAGGGACGAUUUACAAUAAGUGAAACAAUACAUCCAAUUCGAAGAUGGACAUACACUUGUACGGAUAUUGGACGAUCUAUUCCGGAGCUCUGAGAAUAGUAUUUUAUUUCGUAUGCGACAUAAAAAUGGUCGAAUAAAUUUCAAUUUCUACGCUCAUAUUAUACAAGGUUUGUGGAAUUCUUUUAUCAAAUGGUCAUCGUAGUCGCUACAGUAGGUUGGUAAUCCAACGGACAAGGAAACGCAGGCUGCUCAACAGGGAGAACACUUUUUUUACGCGUAAAUGGACGCGAGAGGGAAGAAAUAAUCAAUGCUUGGCACAGUUGCGUUUCAGAAACAACUAUAUACAUUUAUUCGUCAGAUUUUACUCGAUCUUAGGUCGCUUUCUUUUUUUUUUUUU